GAGAAUUAUCUUUUUAGUCGCCAUUCUCUCCUUCUCUCUAUUUUCCAUCAAUUCUCCUUAAUGCCUCAUUCUUCAUUCAAUGUCUCCUUUGAUUAUAUAUGGAAGGUUGAAUAAUUAAUCAAUUACCGGAAGAUCUUUUAGGAAACUAUGGAACCGUUUCCAGUUUUACGGCCUAUAUACAAAUUCUCGCUUUUAAUCGGAGGUUUCAAAGGAAGACUGAAGUCGCCUGUUCUGUGCCGCAUUCAUCUCUUAGUAUCGAUUUGUUCUUGAAGCAGGUAUUUUUUUUUCUAAAACCAUCAUAUUAAUCUGGUAUUUGUAGAUGUUUUACUUUGAUUUCAUCCUCUCCUUAAACACAAACCCUAAACUCUUCAUGUUAUGCCUCAAAAUGACAUGUGUUGAGAAGCUUCCUUCGAAGGUAAUUGAUUUUGUUGAUAUUUGCUUGAUGAUUUUUGACCUAAUUGUUUAUGUUGUUAGAUUUUAUGAUUUUGACCUAAUUGUGAUUUUGACUUAAUUUUUGAGUUGUUAGGUUUAGGUAUUGAGUGAUUGGUGAACUGUGAUGUCUUGUGUGUUCAUCCUUGAUAAUGGCUAUGGGGGUUGACAGCAACAGAAACAUGUGAGGAACAAUAUAUGAUUUACGAAUAAUCAAAAUAAAAUAUAGAGGGGUUUAUUCUAGCACCACAAUCAUAUAGUUCAUGCUUUAGCUUAAUGGUAUCACAAUAUAGAGGGUUUAUUCUAAACAUUAAGUUUUUAUUUCAUAAUUAUUUGACUAUUAUAUUGCUGGCCACUAGGACUUUUCUGAGUAGUGGUGUUUUAGAUGGUUUAGCUUACACAAUGUUCAAGAGAUGCUAAGUUUUAGAAAUUUCAAAUAUAAUCUGCAUCCAUGGUAAGUUUCAGUUUUGUUUGGUUUUUUCACUUAAUUUGUUGUUUGUUGUUUAUGAAGGCUAAUACACGUUUCUUUGUUUCUUACUCUAAUUGCUCUUUCUCUUCAAUCCGCUUCUAUUGGAUUUCUGGAAGUUGAAUGUAAGCUCUAGAAAUCAACUAUAUAUAUAAGGGUUUCAGUGGUGACCCUUAGAUGGCAAUAAGAGAAAGUAGCGGACAUAACGUCACCAUCCUUCUCACUCAGAUUGAGGAACAACACCAAGGUAAUCUUUCUUUUCUGAUUUAACUCCGGUAAGUUCGUAAGCUUCCUUUUGUAUUUUUUUUCUUGAUGUUUCUAAACAAGUUAUUGUAAUUUUUUACUGUCAUCUUAUACGACCACCAGUUGUUUGAUGAAAUUCCCCAACGAGUAAAAUUUAUAUGUUAUUAAAUUUGUUUUGUGUUUUUCUUCAACAUGUUCGGCAAUGGAUUUGUAGUCAAUAAUAAGAUAUAAAUUGAAGUCUUAAUGAGCAUUCUGAUCCUAUAAUGUGCUCAAGACAUCACUGUUGGUUUUGUGAAUGAAUCUUUUGCAAUCAGUGUUCCAAGGGAAAGAAGUUUACUACCUACAAAGUUCCUUAAAGGAAACCCUAACGGGUCUAUGAUGUGUGAUUUGUACGGCUUGAUGGUUCAACCAUGCUUUUGUCAUAUUUGUAUGUGGUGGAAAUGCAUAUUUAUCCAUGGUAGCAGGAGCGAGUGUUGUUGGUGGGGUUGCUGGAGAUGAUUUCAGGGCUGGUGAUGAUACAUACAGUUGUAGUAAAGGUGCUUUUUAGGGUUGCUCACUUGAAGGAAGCAUGGUGACAACACAUACAAGAAAAUUUCAUAUUCUAUGGCAUAAUGGUGGUGGUUCGUUGAUUCAUUCAGCUGCAAAUCUGUGUAACACAGUCAAUUUCGUGUUGGCGAACUAUUCAUGUUAAAGCUUCGGUGGUGGCGAUUAGUUAUGAGACAUGACGCACCAUGAUGAGUCUUCACUGAAUAUGCAGUUAUACAAAAAAGGUUUAGAUUUGUUCGAUAACAACCCAACAACCUCAGCUCUUUUGCACCGGCACUUACUAAAGAAUACAGUUGCUCCUAUGAUAGACAUGCUUUUAUCAAAUUUGGAUAUGCUCAGUAAGUUGAAAAAUGGUAUUGAGGUUCAAGACUUCGAUACUAUUGAACCCAUUACACUUAGCUCAUGGGAUCGAAUGGCUCUGGUAAAGAAAUUUGAGGGAGCGUUAUCUGUAAAGGGUAAUGCGGCUGUUGAAGCUUUGGAAGGGAAGCGUGUUAAAGAAUAUAUGACAGUACUAAGAGCAUUUGCGGAUGAGUGUGGGUUAACUGUGAAAAUGCUUGACAAGAAAUUGGAAAGAACUCUUCUCCAUUCGUAUCGCAAGGUGAAUUAUCUUGGUUGGAAGGCUGUUGAGGGUCGGUUGGCUGCCAAAAUGGAGUUGGGCUGCAGUGGGGUUUCUGCAAACUAUUUGAUUUGCUGCAGGUGUGGGCUGGAUAGGGAAGACACAAGUCAUAUCUUUAUUAAAUGCGUGGUGGCGAGAUGUUUUGGGUGGCUGGCUGGUUAGCGUCUGGUUGAAGAUAUAGUUGGUUGGUGCUAUGCAUUUUUUGGAGCCAUGCAGACAAAAGAGUUGCUUAUCCUGGAUGGCAUCAAGAUCAAAAUAAGUGAUGGUAGCAGUUGCGCAACAUGUGGCGGGAAAAACAUAGUUGAUCGGUCGAAAGUGGAGUUUAGCAAACCGAGCAAGCCCAGGGUUUCGUACACAAGACCAUUCAGCCUAUCCUAUCCGUAGCUUACCUUUCUAAUCUUUGUUUUAUACAAGAAAGUAUACUUUAGCUUAGUAAUAUUUUUGCACAAUGGGAUUGUACUUUAUGCAUAAAUAAUAGUACCUUGAAAGAUGUAGUUGUGGCUAGAGUCCAACAAAAGAACCCAAACGAUGAAUGGUCGGUAAUCGAUUUACAAUCCAACUACAAACGAUACAUGGGGUGAGGAAAGGCGCCAGUGAAAUGAAGUGAUUGAAACUGAGUAUCCUAUAAUUAGUUAUCAGUUAGGUACAUUUAGACGCCUUCAUUUUAAUAUGUCUGUCGUAACACAAUUACACUGCUAACAUCUGCAGAGAUAUACGGCUUUAAUAGCACAAGGAACAUAUAUCUAUAGAAUAUUAAUGUGAUUUGAAGGUAGAUGCUUCGCCAAAAUUGGGAAGUAUUACCGUGGUAACAUCUGAAUGUUUUCUAUAAUAAAAAAGAUCUUUCUAAAGCAAACAGCUUCUAUACAACUUGAUUACCGUGUAACAUCUAAAUGUUUUCAGGUAGCAAUUUUACAUUUAUUUUUCAAUAGCGAUAUUCUUGAAGAUGAAUGCCUUCUCAGGUAGCAAUUCCCUAUAUCUACAAUCCAUUUGUUCACACAUUUUUCACAGAGAUAAACAAAGUAUUCAACUUUUAUUACAUCUGACCUUGAAUAUUAUCAUUUUCCACAUAACCAUCACAAAUUACUACUCUAGCAAACGAAGGUGGAUUGUUGAAUCUCAGUUUCUAUACCAGAUUUUAUACUUCUUGACAUUACUUGAGAUUUAUAAAUUGAUUUGUUUCGCCAUUAAUCGCAGGCAUGGUGGCGCAUUGGUGAAACGCUCUCUUUAUAUCCUCUCGGAGUUUUCUAAGAAUGGAUGGUUAUGUUGCGUUCUUGGCGACAUUGUGAAAUUUGCCACAUCGGGGACCAAGGGUCUGAUGCAAGUUAUAGUGGUUGUUAACCAGAACUCAUUUGGGAGACGUUUGGAAUUUGGAUUUGAUCUAUUGAAGAACUAUGAAAUAUUGGAGUAGAUAUGGAAAGUAUCUUUUGGUUUUGCUAUACGCCAAUACUUGUGAUUUGUGAAGCAUCAACGUGAAAAGAAAAGGUAUGUUUUUAAAGAAAGCCCGGCUUUUGAGAGAGUCUGAUAGGACCCGGUAUGUUUUUAUUUCUUCUUUAAUAUUGAAUACCCGAACAAACUUGGAGAAACUUAGCGUGUUGGAAUAACUCUAAUUAUACUAUUAAGAUAACUCUUUUAGUAAAUUUAGUUUGGUUGAGGUAUUGUUUGACGUUGGUAUUGGCCUGAUGUAAAUAUAUUCAAAUAUUAAGGACUUUUGA